CAUGCACUACCCCCUUAGGGCUGACUUCACUGUAUUCUUACGAGUAUGAUACUCUAUGAUAAUAUGAUACCUUGCAUUCUCGAGCAUGAUACUGUACUAUACACCACCAGUGCUGCACCACCACACCGAGUCAACUCGCUACGGCCAACCAACCCCGGACCUUCCCGCACAAUCCCGCACAAGCACCCUGCAGCAGAGACAAACAUUUCCCUUACCCCUUGCCCUCUUUCACCAACUACCGGUACUCGUAUCCAUCCAUCUACCGUACCGCAGAGCCUCACUUCUUUUUCACUUUUUCACACCAUUUUCAUUCUCGUUUUCACUUUCACCGCUCUUCAACACCCUCGUUCACUCCCACAUAUGAUCGGUGAAAACGUGUUGUGCACUGCUGAGUGCCGGGACGAUACCGUACCGUGUGAUAACCCUAAUGAAUCCUUUUUUUCCUUUCUUUUGAUUCUCCCAUGAUUGGUGGAUGGAUUUUGCCAUUGUGGCUUGCGGGCGGGUGUAGGUUUUUGUCAUGGACUGGCGUGAUUGGUGGGUGAAUGGGUGGUCCGUCCGUUGGGUUCACCGUGGCGGCGGCAGGCGGGUGGUAGUUUACUUUUGAGUGUUGGGCUUGGUCGAGAGAAAGAUAACGGUUUUGGUUGUCCGGGCUGGAUGGAUGAAUGAAAGAGAGAGGAGAGGGGGGGUA